AUGUCAGGAAUAGAGCUGCUCAGCCAAUUCAAGCGAGAUGAAAAUAAGAAUCUCGAAAAAUCUCAAGCACCCUUCGCUGUAUCAGUUGAUUCUGAAAAGGUGGAUCACUGCAGCAAAGCUAAUAAUUCUGCUGGUCAGUCCGCACCUGAGCAAACUAUUGUUGAGCGUCGUUCUGAAAAAUCUAUCCCUUCAAUCUCGGCGAAGAGCGGCAAGCAGGAAAAAGAGAGUGAACAACCGAUGGAUUAUCUGGCCAGAAAACUGCAACUCUGUAGAAAGCAAUUCUCGAUGGCAACACAGUCACAAAAUCUUCUAGCUUCCGGUAAUAAUGUUGUCGAUGUGCUGUUCAAUGGCCCAAGUGAUUUUAAAGUGUAA